GGCCCCGGCUGAGCCGAAUCCGUCGCGAAUCAGAGCCAUCCCAGCCGCCACCAUGACGGUGGGCAAGAGUAGCAAGAUGCUGCAGCACAUCGACUACAGGAUGAGGUGUAUCCUGCAGGAUGGCCGCAUCUUCAUUGGCACCUUCAAGGCCUUCGACAAGCACAUGAACCUGAUCCUGUGUGACUGUGAUGAGUUCAGGAAGAUCAAGUUUUUAAGGGGGAGAACUUGCUUUUCUGUCCUCAUUGCCUCUCUGUAAGGCUGCAGCCUAAACGGCACCCCCACCCAAUACAGCCUGCUCUGAAGCAGCUUUCAGGAGCCCCUGACUCUUCAGGGCCAAAGAACUCAAAACAAGCAGAAAGGGAAGAAAAGCGAGUUCUGGGUCUUGUGCUACUACGUGGGGAAAACCUAGUCUCGAUGACCGUGGAAGGGCCACCUCCCAAAGAUACUGGUAUUGCUAGAGUCCCACUUGCCGGAGCUGCAGGAGGUCCUGGGAUUGGUAGGGCAGCAGGAAGAGGUGUGCCUGCUGGUGUCCCAAUGCCCCAGGCUCCUGCAGGGCUAGCAGGGCCUGUUCGAGGAGUAGGAGGACCAUCCCAACAGGUGAUGACUCCCCAGGGAAGAGGAACUGUUGCUGCUGCAGCUGCUGCCGCCACAGCCAGCAUUGCAGGGGCUCCAACACAAUAUCCUCCAGGCCGAGGGGGACCUCCCCCACCAAUGGGUCGAGGGGCACCUCCUCCAGGCAUGAUGGCUCCUCCACCUGGAAUGAGACCUCCCAUGGGCCCUCCAAUGGGAAUGCCCCCUGGACGAGGGGCGCCAAUGGGCAUGCCUCCUCCUGGCAUGAGACCACCACCUCCAGGAAUGAGAGGUCCUCCACCUCCAGGGAUGCGCCCACCAAGACCCUAAGAUCCUCUAGGCUUUGCUCAGAUGCUUGCCACCUGGAAAGUUGUAAAUAGUUAUCUUACUGCCUUUGAACUUGGUUUAUAAUAA